AUGACUGUUUUGCAAGUGAGGAUGAAGGUGAACUCCACACAGGUUUCACAUUUCACACUCGCUGCCUACUUUGACACUGGGGUUUUCAAAUAUUUAUGUUUCACUAUAAUUAUAUUGUUAUAUCUUUUAAUCCUUUGUGCCAAUGUGCUGCUGAUUGUGGUCAUCUGUAUGAACAGAAGCUUACAUGAGCCUAUGUACCUGUUUCUGUGCAGCCUGUUUGUAAAUGAACUGUAUGGUAGCACAGGGCUGUUUCCAUUGCUCCUGGUUCAGGUUCUCUCUGACGUUCACACUGUUUCUGUUUCUCUGUGUUUCCUGCAAAUUUUUUGUUUGUAUUCAUAUGGAAGUGUAGAAUUUUUCAGCUUAUCCGUCAUGUCUUAUGACAGAUACCUGGCUAUCUGUUAUCCUCUGCAGUAUAACACACUAAUGACAACUAAAAAAGUUGCAGUGCUUAUUGUUGCUUCGUGGUUAUCCCCUUUUCUUGCCAUUGUUGUCUUGAUAUCACUGACUGCACCAUUACAGCUUUGUGGGUACAUCAUUAGCAAAGUUUAUUGUGACAAUUAUUCUGUUGUUAAACUGGCCUGUUCUGACACCAGAGUCAAUAACAUCUACGGACUCAUUUACACAGUUAUCUCAAUCAUCGUUCCGCUCAUUUUAAUCCUUUACACUUACAUGAGGAUCCUUAAAGUGUGUUUCUCAGGCUCCAAACAGACCAGACAGAAAGCUGUCAGUACCUGCACACCUCACCUCGCUUCUCUGCUCAACUUUUCUUUUGGGGUUUGGUUUGAAAUAUUACAGAGCAGGUUUGAUAUGAGCAGUGUGCCCAACAUGCUGCGAAUAUUUCUAUCAUUAUACUUCCUAACAUGCCAGCCGCUCUUUAACCCCGUCAUGUAUGGACUUAAACUGUCUAAAAUCCGUAACAUAUAUGUCCAUUGUGUCCAUAAUGUCUUUUGUUAG